UAACUGUCAAUGUCAAUAAGGAAUGUUAGGUUGUCAGGAAAAAGGAAAUAAAAUUUUUGUUUAGCAAAAUUGUGAUUCGUAUAUAGAUAAAUUUGCAUUUAUUUAACGCGUCUGUUAGCAAAUUACGAAGCAAAUGCAACAUUUUAAUUUAAUUAAUUUGAUCAUGUAUUGAAUACUAUUGACAUUACACAAACGAUGUAUUCGCCGCGUCAAAAGAUAUUAUGGUUUGCAUUUAGUACUAGAAUUGUUGUGAUAUUUUUACAAGCAAUAUCUAAUAUCGUGAUACCCGACCACGACGCCAAUGUUUUUAUAAGCCCAGAGGAUCCAUCGUUACGCAAAACUUAUGCAGAUACUGCCGUAGAUAAUUUGUUAGGCGGCAUGAAACGAUGGGAUGCACAAUAUUUUAUACACAUUGCACAAUAUGGAUACACUUAUGAGAAUUGUUUAGCAUUUUAUCCAUUAUUUCCAAUGGUUGUAAGAUAUGUAGCAUAUGGACUAUGUAGUUUGUUAGGAACACUGUUAAAUUUUCAUAGUGCAUUGUUAAUAUCUGCAACAAUCAUAAAUGUUUUAAUGUUCAUUAAAUCUGCUGAUGUUUUACAUAGAUUGAGUUUAAGAGUUCUAAGAAGCGAGUGCAAGGCAUACAAAUGUACAAUACUUUAUUGUAUUAACCCUGCAAGUAUAUUCUUUACAGCACCAUAUUCAGAAACAUUAUUUGCUUGGAUGUCAUUUUAUACAAUGCUUAAAUGUACAGAAAAUGAAUCAUUGCGAUUUGCUAAUAUUGAUAUAACAAGUGGAAUGCCUGCAGGGUUUUCCAUGAUAACUAGAUCAAAUGGUUCAGUAAAUUUAGGUUUCAUUCUCUAUACAAGUUUCAAAAAUGUAAUAGAGAGGACAUUGCCAGAAAUUGUGUACAAAUACAAGACAUUAAAGCAUAGAAUUAUACUUCCUUUCUUGCUGUUACCUCUGUUCACAUCAAGUGUUGCACUUUUUUUGUCUGUGAUAAUAGCUUUGAUCCCAUUUCUUUUAGUGCAAACAUAUAAUUAUUUUAAAUUUUGUGUUCAAAAUGAUCACAAUUUGCCAGAAUUUUUGUCUAAUACAGAAUAUGUUUUACCAGGAAGUGCAGAAAGCCCUUGGUGCAAUAACACUAUACCCUUAUCAUAUUCAUAUAUACAGAGUCAUUACUGGGAUGUAGGAUUUUUUAAUUAUUAUAAAUUAAAACAGAUUCCUAACUUCAUGCUCGCUUCUCCAAGCAUAUUUUUGAUCAUGUACCACUGUAUGUCUUAUAUAAACAAUAAUAUAAAAUUAUGUCUUAGACUUGGAUUAAAGUACAAUAUAUUUGGAUAUUCGAACAAGAUGCCUUAUAGGCAAAAGCAAUAUUCUAAAGGAUUUGGGGCCAAUGAUCCUACAAUAUUUGUGUAUGUAGUACAUGUAAUGUUUUUAACAAUAUUUUGCAUAAUUUUUGUUCAUAUACAAGUAUCAACAAGACUUCUGGCAUCUGCCAGCCCAGUGUUGUACUGGAUAUGUUCUAGCAGAAUGAAUGUAGGCCCUACACCAACUUCAGAUCAAAACACUAUUAAUGAACAUUUUCGUCGUAUUGGUAUUGGAAAAAGAAUACCUUCCCAUCACUUAUCAAUAGCUAAUUUAGAGGGUGUUGAUAAUAUGUAUAGCAAAUGGAAAACAUUUAUAAUAUCGCGACGCAUGCCUGAUUUUCAGUCAAGGUUAAUACAGUAUUAUUUUAUAGGGUAUUUCAUAAUAGGCACUGUAUUUUUCUCAAAUUUUUAUCCAUGGACUUAAAAGAUUCGUCUUAAACAGGACAUAUCACAUUUACGUAUCAAAUUUAUUUUUUAUCCCUAUUUAAUGAAUUUCAAAGUAUUAUCAAUGAAAUUAUUUCUAACAUAUCAGAUGACUAAAGUUAAUUAUUAUUGAUAACAUAUAACUCAUACAGUUGUGCAAACUUCUCAGGAAUAAAUUUAUGAUUUAGAGAAUUUUUGGUAAUACGAUUCGCAUUUAGUGCUACCUUUUGUUUAUUAAUUGAUGGAAAAUGACAAUAAAAUAAUUUUUUUACUAAACUUAUUACUUUAGUUUCAGAGCUUAGUAUUGUGUUAAAAAUAUUUUAAUGUUCUUCUUAAUGCUAGAAUCAUAGAGUUUUUUUAAUAGAUAUCGUCAUUUUUUUAAGAUUUCUAAACAUUCCUAUUUGAUAGUAUUAUGCAUUAUAAGACUAAAAAUAUUAGGUCAUAUUUAAUGUAAGUUGUCUUUAAAUAAUAACUAGGACUUGACAUUUUUCUGCUUGAACUUUAAUAAAGCAUGGGGCCUUUCAAAGUUAUAGUAGGUACUUAUAGUCCAUUUAUAUAAUAGCAUCAUCUAGUUAAAAAAUCAUUGCCUUUAUAAUUACUUAGGUAAAACGAUUGACAAAACUGAACUGCGAUUUAUUCUAGUCAUUAGUUUAUAAAAUAAAUGUUUAAUAUUUCUUUAAUUUAUUGUAUCAGAUACAUAAUUAUUUCAAUUUGUCAGUAGUUAGCUAAAGUUGCGCCUAGACGUGUGUAAUUUGUAAAAUUUGUCAUGAAAAUAGUAUAGACGAGCAUUGUAACCGCCUCUAUGUUCGCUUAAAAUGUGACACGGACAUGUGCGUGAGCGUUUUACGAGUAUUUAAAAUGUUUAUCCGAAUUACAACUUUCUAAUCCAUACAGUUAUGUAACAAAAAAUUUUACUUACAAACACUAAACUUGGGGAACUCGCACGGCAGUAGUGUAGCCAAUAUUCUUUAAAAGUUAAAGCAUUUAGGGAAAUUUAAAGGAUAUGCUUACAAGCGGCGGUUAGCCCAACAUCAAGGCACAGAGGAAUAAUUUUUAUUUCGGACUUUUUGGUCCAUUAAUAUGUAUUAGUAACAAUGUUUUUAAAGUUAAUGUUAGUAAAUUUACACACGCGCACAUACAUUAACAAUACAUAUUUAUACACAGAAUUAACGUUAUAUUACACUUACAUUACCUACAGCUCUAAACGAUGCAUUUCGUUUAGCCACGUCUGAACACAGCUUAAUUUAAUUUCUUAGCUUUGUUAUUAUGCAGACGGAAUUGACUUAUUGAGUAGGUAUAAGUGAAGAUCGAGUUUGUUUAUGAAGAGAGAGAAACCGACUUGGGUCCAAAUAACAACAGCCAAAUAUAUACCUACCUAUAUAUGUAUAUAUAUAGGUACCUGAAAUGUUUAUAAGGCCCAUUUUGUCUUGUACAAAAUUAAGUAAAGUUUUGUACAAAAAUAUAUGUUUAUAUAUUUUAAAAGAGAUUCGGACACGCUUUAAAUAGUAUUCCGUAGUUAUACUCGUAUUAAACUUGAUUGAUCAGACCUUUGCAGUUAUUAAUUAAUAGAUUCUAAAAUUUUUUUUUUCACAUUUUAUUAACUUGUUAUAGCAAACAAUACUAUCACCUUCAUUCAUGUUUUGCCAUUUCUGGUACUAGAUGUUUUUCUCUAUACUCAUAAUUUUAAAAAAAGUAAAGCUGCUUAGCGACAGAAAUGCAAUUCGAUAUAAAGGUUCUUUAUGCAGAUUUUUGAGUGAAGACUACCCAAUUAAAAUUUUAAAAUUCAACAUUUUCUAUCAAUAAGAAAUAGACCUCUUCUGAAGACUCAUUGGAUGAGAUAGUAAACAAAAUUUUAAAUGUAUCAAUUUAAACAUUACAUAUAGACAUUACAAUGAAACUGUAGUCACUUUACUAUUGACUACGAAACUCCUAAAAAAUAUAAUUUUCCAUGAUAAUACUUUAAUUAUGACAUAAUACAAAUAUAAUUUUAUGAUAUUAAUGGUAGGUAUGAUUCGUAUAUUUAAUAAGCUAAUAUUCGUUUACUUUUAUAUUAUUUGCAAUUAUAGGUACCGUCCAUUAUUUAUUACCACUACAACCAUCCAAAAUAGAAAAUAACUAAUUAAUUUUACUGCCACUUAGAAACUGUUACUGUACAAUUAAAAUUAAUUGUUAUUUAAAUAAAGUCUUUUAAAUCACUUAAUAUAAGUAUUUUUAUUAAUUAGCUUUUUGCCUAUAAAAGUAAGAUGCUAUAUGCUCACAUUUAAAGUCAACUUCACUUAUAAUAUUGUUAGAUAAGCCAAAUUUUUUAUGGUUGUGAAAUUGUAUUUUAAUUAGUAAGGUAGCGUGCACAAUUGCCAU